AUGCGCAACACUACAGCACUGCUCGCCUUGCUGGCUGGAUCGGCACUGGCAGCACCGAAAUCCACAUGCUGGCCAGGAUGGGAAGGCAUCUCCCACAUGGUCGUCUUCGGCGACUCAUACACCACGACCGGCUUCAAUGACACCUUGGCUCAACCUUCGAAAGCAAAUCCACUGGGUAACCCGGCCUACCCAGGCUACACCGCAACCAACGGACCGAACUGGGUCGACUUCCUCACCACUACCUACAACGCUACUUUCCUCAAGACCGUCAACUUGGCAUACGGAGGCGCCACAGUGGACUCUGCUCUCGUCCGGCCAUACCUCCCUACCGUCCUCUCGCUGAAAGACCAAAUCUACCAAGAGUACAUCCCAAACUACAGCACCCACCCCAAGUCCUUCAACUGGAAGAAGAAGAACACCCUCUUCGCCAGCUUCUUCGGGAUUAACGACAUCGGCAACGCCUACAGCAACGCCAACGCCUCAACCGUCCUCGCGCAAGACAUCGCGGAGUAUGCCAGUCUGAUGGACGUCCUCUACCAAAGCGGCGCGCGCAACUUCCUCUUCCUCAAUGUACCGCCGGUCAACCGCUCCCCACUCACCGUCGCGCAAGGCCAUGCAUCGCAAAGGCUGGAAGCGGAGUACAUCUCGGCCUACAACGCCAACAUCACAGCUAUGGCGGCGAAUCUGAGCAGUACUUAUGCCGACGCCACGACGUUCGUCUUCAACACCCAUCGCAUCUUCAGACAGGUCUUGAACGAUCCGUGUUCACAUCUGGAGACCUGCGCGUACAAGAACACGACGGACUAUUGUGUGGAUUAUGAGAAUGGGACGGAUAGUUGGUAUACUUUUGAUGCUGACUGUGGGGUGGCGGUGGAUGAGUACUUUUGGUUGAAUUCGCUGCAUCCGACGUUUAGGAUGAUGAACGCUACGGCGAAGGCUAUUGUGGAAGAGUUGAGUGGGUCAUUGUGGUGA